CCGGCCCCGCGCUCCUGGCCGCUGUCCCGCUGGCCGCCCCGCAGCCCCGUGUAUGUGCGGCAACAACAUGUCCGCGCCGCUGCCCGCCAUCGUCCCGGCCGCUCGGAAGGCGACGGCUGCCGUCAUUUUUCUACAUGGAUUGGGAGAUACGGGGCACGGAUGGUCAGAAGCACUUGCAGGUAUCAAAAGCCCCCAUGUGAAAUACAUCUGCCCACAUGCGCCAGUUAUGCCAGUUUCUUUAAACAUGAACAUGGCUAUGCCAUCAUGGUUUGAUAUCAUUGGACUUUCUCCAGAUUCACGGGAAGAUGAAGCUGGGAUCAAGCAGGCAGCAGAGAAUGUUAAAGCGCUGAUAGAUCAAGAAGUAAAAAAUGGAAUUCCUUCUAAUAGAAUUAUUCUGGGAGGCUUUUCUCAGGGAGGUGCUUUAUCAUUGUACACAGCACUUACAACACAACAAAAAUUAGCAGGUGUUGUAGCGCUCAGCUGCUGGCUUCCUCUGCGGGCUUCUUUUCCUCAGGGCACCAUCAGCAGUAUCAACAAAGAGAUUCCUGUUCUUCAGUGCCAUGGGGACUGUGACCCAUUGGUUCCUUUAAUGUUUGGUUCUCUCACUGCUGAGAAGCUAAAGAGUAUGAUAAAUCCAGCCAAUGUAACCUUCAGGACUUACUCAGGCAUGAUGCAUAGCUCAUGUAUUGAGGAGAUGAUGGAUGUAAAACAGUUCAUAGACAAACAUCUACCUCCCGUAGACUGAAAUGAUAUGUGAGGGGACUUCUGCAUAAAUACACCAGCAUCAACUGUGGUAGAGUGUUAAACUUUUCACAUGUAUGAUAGAAAGCGUUACUUUUACUCCUGCAGUGUUACUACUGUGUUGCAAAUUUAUACUUACGACAAUGAUUAAAUAAUACACAUGUACAAGAAAUCAUAAUCUUUUUAGUAAUAAUCAUCCACUGAUGGGACUAUAAGAAUGAGGCAGCUAGGUAACAAUGCCAGAAUGCAAUUUGUGCAUACUAUUUUAAGAUUUGCAUACUAUUUUAAGAUAUCUGAUUUUUGAUUGCGGAAUUUUAAGGUAUUUGUACAAGUAAUUAAAAGCUCAGUUUGAGUGAGCAAUAUAAAUGUGACUGUUUAGUAGGCUUGAGAUAUAAUUUUAAUCGUCACUGAAAAUACAUUAAAAUGUUUUCUUAAUCUAACAGAUGCAUAAAGUACCCAGCAUGUAACACAGGAGGCAUAUGAUGGUAGAAUGAAUGUUAUUGAGGGCAAAGCUUUAAAUGUUAAAUGUUAAUCCUUACUGCAGGUAAGAUGAGUAAUUCUGCUCCAAAAAUGACUAUAAGUCAGCAAAGGGUGGCUUAAAUAUGGGAAGUACCUAAUUUUUAACUUUUCAUACAGGAAGAUAUUGUGGAAAUUCUAAACGGACUCUUUCCUUGUUAGACCAUUAUAUAUCACUCUCUUUUAGCCAUUUGUUUUUAGUUUACAGUAAACUAAUGUCAGAUGCUGACCCAGAACAGAAUUCUGAAGAACUGCAUAGGAUUGAUUUGAGUUUCAUUUAAAAAUAAUUGUGUUUUCAUAUUGGAUGUUCAUCUUGUGCUUUGUCUUUGUAAUUUUUACUUGAGUAGAAAUGUCGUUGAUGUAUUUUACACAAGCAAUUCCAGCGUAUAGUUUUGAUUUCUCUGUCUGCUUUGGAGUAACCAACUGAAAACAAUGCAACAGUUGUGCAUCAUUGAAAUCUCAUCUGUAACACAGGCAGGCAUUGGCUAAUCUUAAUUCCUCAGUAAUGUAAUGGAAAUAUGAGUGGAAGUGGGAUAACUUAAUCUUAAAAUUGAUAGCCUCUAGAGAAGGAGACUCCACGUGCUUGCUUUAUUGCAUUCCCAAUAUGAUUUUUUUUCCAAUUAUUCAUUAUAUUAUUCUAGAAAUAUAUUAUUCUGCAUUUCCCUAGAUUAGUGUAGCAGAAGACUGUGAAGAUCUACUAUAAAAAAAAUCUAAAGGGAUAAAUCAGGAAUUAUGCAUUAAUUUAAUUGUGCAUUAACACCCUUUAAAAUAGCUGUUGACAGAAAUUUGAGUUGUUGACUGGUUUGAGUACUCAGUUUUCCUUACUCUUCUUCAGGUGUAUUACAGUUCAUCCUUAGGAAGCUGUUUUUCUUUGCUAAUCUGGUUUAUCCGGAUUAUUAAGUAUCUCUUGAUACACAAAAUUGAAAAUGAGUUUUUCCCAAAUGGCACUGAAACACUUUCAAAGAUUGGGUCUGUCAGGAUGAGGAGAGGGCAUGGUAUUAGCUUUCACUCAGUCACUCUUCUUUAUAUGUUAGCCAAUUUGUCUUUCAGUUAAUUUGCUUCACAAAAGAAACCACAAUAUUUUCACUGUAGUUAUGCCAAAGUUAUGUGGAAAACACAGUAUCUCUCAGCUGGAGUCAUUCCCAAAUUUCAUUAGCCAAUUCAGCAGUCCUGCUGAAUUGCAAACUUGGUAAGCAAGCUCUGUGUUAUUUCCCUUAGUUUUUAGCUUUAUCUACAUUCACCUUUCAUCUACAUUAUUCCUUGAAUAUUGGCAUAUUUCCAAAGUUUUGCACACGCUUUUGCCUUUUUUCCUUUCCUGUUUUCUUGCUUUGUUCGGAAAUUGUUUGGUAUCUAUUCAGCUUCUAAUUCAAUGUGUGUUCAUUUCACAAACAUGUUCUUUCUUCUAUUGGAUUUAAUCUAAAAAACUAUGAUGAUAAAAUGAGAUCAGUUCUAGCUUUAUUUUCUGUUAGCUUAAUAACACUUUCUUCAGUUUGAUACUUUCUGUUGAGAGCUGUUGCCCACUUUCUAGUAUGUAUGCAUUUUUAUUCAAGUCAGUUUCAGCUGUUGUCUCUAGGAUGCCUUCAGAUGUUUGUAACAAAUGUUCAUAGCAUAAUAAGAUUUUUUUAUACUGUUGUCUUGCUGCUUGCUUUAUGAAGAGCUGUGUUACCAGUAUAAAUGUAAGUAAAUGUCUUGACUCAUUCUGGACUUUUGUGUUCUAGAGAGAAAUCUUCUUCUCAAUUUUUAUUUUUGUAGAGGAAGAGGAGUAUGUUGUAAUUGGGGUUGUUUAAUGCAGAUGCUGGAGGAGGUUUCAAAGAUGUAUUUGAAGCCUGUCCUGCCUCCUCCCAUAUUACAGCAUGUCUCUUGAGCUUCUGUCUUUUGUAAUUUCCUGGCUAGUUGCAAACCUGAGUGCAUGAUUAUGUCGCUGAACUUCUUUGCUGUCUGAUGUGAUUUGAUGCUGGGAUUGUUGUCAUAACUGGCAUGUAUUUUAGGUGGAACAAUAGUUUAGUCUUUUUAAAAAGACUUUUUUAAAAUAGUGUCCUACUAAAAGAGAGGAGUUGGACUGUCAGUGUCAGUUCUCUUCUCAUAACCUACAAUUUGAAAAAGUCCAAUAUAUUAUAUUUUGUAAUGUUAAACUUUCUCAAAAUAGAGAUGAUACCUCAAGUCUGCAAAAACAUUGGUGUGAAAAUGUGUUUUGUUUGCAGAUCACUUGAUUUCAGUGGGUAUGUAACUCCUCAAUAAUACAUUUUUAAUGUCAAAUUUAAGUAACAAUUUGAAUAUAGUUUUGUAUAGUCAAAAGUCUGAGUUCUUGUUGGAAUUUUGCCUACUUGUUCAUAAACACGAAUUGAAUUAUGUAUUGUAGGCUAAAUCCUCUAGCCGUUCCUGAAGUAAAACUGUAUUGGGGUCUGUACUCUAGUGAGGGCUGUAUGAUUGGAUCUUUGCCUCCUAUCUUGUAUAAUUACAACACAGUAGAUUGCUAAAAAGCACUGUACACUGUAACUGGUAUUAGAACUGUUAAUUAAAAAUGUUCUCUCUAAUGGAGUAUAUUGCACUUCAUUAAAAUUAUUAGGAUGCAUCUUUUAUGUAGAGGUGUUAUUUGUCAAGUUAAUGGAUAUGAUCAAGAAUAUACUGUGUAAGAUGUUAAUGAAGCCAUAUGUAAAAGGCCUGAGUAUCCUAAAUUUUAUAAAGAAAUACUGAAAACUUAUUCUUUGUGUUAUGAAAUACAAGCAAUUUAUAUUUAAUUAAACCUUUAAGAUGAAAUUCA